UUACAGACCAAGCUUGGUUUCUCGUCUUGACGACAUGGGCUUCAACCAGAGAGAUGUUCCUGGUGCUCCAGAAGGUGGGAGAGCCAGCACCCAAGGAUGACCAGCAUUCCGGUAAAGGACCGAGUGAAGGUGUCUCAGAACUGGAGACUGGGGCGCUGCCGAGAGGGGAUUCUGCUGAAGUGGAGGUGUAGUCAGAUGCCCUGGAUGCAGCUGGAGGGUGCUUCUCUGUACAUAUCUCAGGCUAAUUUCAUCCUGGCCUACCAGUUCCGCCCAGAUGGUGCCAGCUUGAACCGUCGGCCCUUCAGAGUCUUCGCUGGGCAUGAUGAGGAUGUUUGUCACUUUGUGCUGGCAAACUCACAUAUUGUCAGUGCAGGAGGAGACGGGAAGAUUGGUGUUCAUAAGCUCCACAGCACCUUCACUGUCAAGUACUCAGCUCAUGAACAGGAGGUGAACUGUGUGGACUGCAAAGGGGGUAUCAUUGUGAGUGGCUCCAGGGACAGGACAGCCAAGGUAUGGCCUUUGGCCUCGGGCCGACUGGGGCAGUGCUUACACACCAUCCAGACUGAAGACCGAGUCUGGUCCAUUGCCAUCAGCCCGAUACUCAGCUCUUUUGUGACAGGAACAGCUUGUUGUGGGCACUUCUCACCUCUGAGAAUCUGGGACCUCAACAGUGGACAGCUGAUCACACAUCUGGGCAGUGAUUUUCCCCCAGGGGCUGGGGUGCUGGAUGUCAUGUAUGAGUCCCCCUCUACACUGCUGUCCUGUGGUUAUGACACGUAUGUUCGCUACUGGGACCUCCGCACAAGUGCCCGGAAAUGUGUCAUGGAGUGGGAGGAGCCCCAUGACAGUACCUUAUACUGCCUACAGACAGAUGGCAACCACUUGCUGGCCACAGGUUCCUCCUACUAUGGUGUUGUACGAUUGUGGGACAGGCGCCAGAGGGCUUGCCUGCAUGCCUUCCCGCUGACGUCAACCCCACUCAGCAGUCCUGUAUACUGCCUGCGGUUCACCACCAGGCAUCUCUACGCUGCGCUGUCUUACAAUCUCCACAUCCUAGACUUUCAAAACCCAUGACACACCACCCCUGCCUUUGAGCUAGGCAAGUAAGCUACUCAGGGACCUCUCUUGCCUGGCAGGUGAAGUGACUGAUACCUCCCUGUCUUCCCAGCCCUGCUGUGCUCCUAGACCUGUGGCCAUGCUGCCCUGAAGCACCACCUGCUGCACUGGGGGCUGACUGAAGCAGGCCCUGCCAGGACCUGUGGUCUUAGGAGAAUGGACCUGAACUCAAGAUGUUUACAAUAGGGCCAAAGUAAGGGCCUGGAUGGCAAGGCCAACCCUGUCCCCAAGCCCUUCACAGCACUACAACAGCCUACAGUGAGCUAAGGGGCUCCCAGCAUCCCAGCUAGGAAGGUGCAUUUGCUGGAAUCUCUGCCGGUCCCAGCCACCACCUCCUCAGAGUUUUGGACGAGCCAUUCAUCAGGCCAGCUUGGGAAAUGUGUUGUGAUUCUCAUUUUUGUAAAAAUAAAAUUUGGUUGUUCACACA